AUAUGAUAACAAAAUGGAAAACGAUCAAAAACCCACGAGUGUCGAAACCCCUGGUGUGUGUAGCGGUUGGGGUAGGAGGGUUCGGUUGGGGUGUGUGUUGUUCAUGUUUGGAAUGGUAAUGCUGGUCAUGGGGUGUAUCGUCCAUAUCGAGAAGUCAGCUGUGCAGGAACAAGUGUUGAGUAAUAAUGACGUCACAAACACUGAUUAUACUUACAUAGCGGGAAACGUCCUUCUCGCGUUCGGUGGCGGGUUGAUUUUGAUUUCUGUGAUGCAAUCAUGUUGUCGUUGUGGUGGUGACGUCACCGGAUAUUACGUAGAAGAUGGAUUCGAGAAUCAACCACGUGAUCAAUCCGUUGUGUUCUCCGUUACCAUGACCACAGAUCCUCCAAACUAUUGUGACGUAACAAACAAUUCGAACAAUGUCGCCCCACCCGCCUACUGUGAGGUCAUAGACGAAUCAGUAAAAGAUGAAAAGCGAUUUGAUUUAAUUAUGACGUCACAGAUGUUCCCUUAAUCCCUUAUGACGUCACAGAGUAAUUGUGUCGCCACAAACGAAUCUUGAGGUCGAGCGGGACGUGCCAUUACGUUGAGACGUCAUAAUCACCCAAUUAAUAAGGAAUGGUCGCGAAGAUGAACCGAGGGUUGUGGGAUCAAGGUUCACGGAAGGAAUGUUGAUCUACUUAGCGCGAACCUCACUGUGGUUUAUUGUUUCGUGGAAGUGGAUUAACUAUCGAACAUCACAAAGAAUGGCUGUAUUAUGAUGUCAUAAUCGGAUGAACACACCCAGCGCUUAAUGAAGAUUAAUCAAACUCAUCAACAAACAAACCUUCGCCACCAAACAGACUUUAAUCCUUUGCCCACCGCAGUCGCCAAACGUCGCUUUAACCGGGAUUAUGUGGCGAUCAUGUGACACCAUUAUCGAAGUUCUGGAAUGCAAGGGAAACAAACAAGGAGAUUAUGACGUCACAAAUGACGCUAAUGAGAAAUUCGACACUAAGCUGUGAUUGGUCGAUUGCCGGAAACAAUUUUUACGUCAUCGUUACGUCAUUGCAUGUGGUAUACUGUUCGCCCCCUAUCUCAACAAUAUGUUUGGUUUCACUGUCGGGGAACCCCCAUGUUAGUAAUUGCAAACUUUGGUUGGAAAUUAAUUUCGUUGAAAGCGCGAAUUAUCCAGCUUUUAAAAUGUUAAUUGUUGCCUCAUAAACGUCAUAAUUAUAUUGUUACGUCGCGUGUGCGUUGUGAGGAAAUAAUGAAAUGUCGAAACACGGAGGUUCAUGAUGUUCCCAAUACAUUAUAUACAAAUA